AUGGCAACACCUCCUCCAUAUUUCAUUGAUCCUUCUUUGGUUCAUUUAACUAUACCUAAUCCUCCUCCUCCUCCUUCUGCAUCAACACCAAAACAAUCUCGUUCACUGGAUAUCUUUAAAAUUUUUGUUGGUAUCUUUAUCAUAUUAAUACUUAUUGCUAUUCUCAUU